UGCUGAGGAGCUUUCAGAGUUUCGGGGAGCGAGAGAAGCGAGAGCUCGGGCGGCGAUAUGGCGCUGACAAUGACUGCCCAUUUUCUCAGGAAUAACCCGAAUCAACCGGGACUGAAUGUGAGAGUCCUGCUCAUGCUCUCGUUUGUGUCAGGGUUGGUAUAUAGCAGUAAGGUGAUCGUCCCCCCUAAAGUGAACGCCGUUUUGGGUAAGAAUGUCACCCUCAGCUGCAGGGUACAAGUGGACACAAACCUCAGCCUGACACAGAGUUCCUGGGAGAGGAAGCUGCCCAAUGGAUGGGUGACCCUGGCCGUGUACAACCCCAUGUUUGGUAUCUCCAUCCCUCCCGAUUAUGAGCGACGCCUGUCCUUCCGCUCGCCCUCUGCGCACGACGCCACCAUCAUGCUGGAAGAUGUGGGUUUCGCUGACAUCGGCGUGUACACCUGCAAGGUUGCCACCUUUCCGCUGGGUAACACACAGGCCUCCACCACUGUCAGCGUACUAGUUGAGCCGAAGGUGUACGUCUCUGCUGGAUCUUCUGCACUGAUUGACGGUGGCAAUGAGACCACAGUGGCCACCUGCAUUGCUGAGAGGGCUCGACCCCCUGCUGACGUGUCCUGGGAGACCAAUCUGUAUGGGAUGUCUGAGGCCCACAUGCAGGAUGACGCCAACGGCACCACUACAACACAGGUGCACUACAUCUGGCAGCCGUCCCGUCAUGCACAGGGACACACUCUAACAUGUGUGGUGAAACACCCUGCUCUGCAGAGUGACUUCAGGAUCCCCUACAUCAUUAAUGUACAGUUUGCUCCAGACAUCCUGGUGCUGGGCUAUGACGGAGACUGGUAUGUGGGCAGGGAGAAUGUGCAACUGAAGUGUCGAGCCAAGGCCAACCCGCCUGCCCAGCACUUCAGAUGGAUCAGGCUGGAUGGAGAGAUGCCGAAUGGAGCAGAGAUGGUGAAUAACACUUUGGCAUUCACAAGACCCCUGCAGAAGAAUGACUCUGGGGUUUACAGGUGUGAGGUGGCAAAUGACAUCGGACUGCACAGUCGAGAUAUAAGAAUACGCAUUCAGGAUCCUCCCUCAACCACCACCAUGCCCCCCACCACCCCAGUGCGCCUCCUAACUGCUGACAUCUCUGCCACCGCACCUGGCAAUAAGCAGAGAGCCCUCAUCACCUCUCCGACCCUGGCGCCUCUGCACGAGGGGAGCCUAGGCACAAUUGUGGGCGGGGCAGUGGGUGGAGCCCUCUUCCUGCUGUUGCUGCUCAUUCUGGCUGGGGUUUAUUACCAGCGUCAGCGUCGGACUUUCCGCGGAGACUACUAUACAAAGCAGUAUCACGGCCCAUCAGACAUGCAGAAGGCUCCUCAGCCCCAUGAGCUGCAGCAAGUCUACAGCAAGGGAAGUCCUGACACCAAACUCAAAUCCAACCAGGAUAACGGCACCAUCUACCCAGAUAAGGAUAGGGAAGAAUGGGGAGAUUUUGACCGAGAGCGAUCACCAAAUGGUCGCAGCAGAGCUCUGAGAGAAGCAGGUCAACUCAAUCACCAUAACCAUCAGAACCAUGAGCAUGGCUUCCACAGCAAUCAUCAUACUGGUCAUCCACAGAGCUACAGUCCGGCCCAUCACAUCCAGAGGAGCUCGCUACAGCCGCAGCCUCGCAGGUACCCUGCUCCGCAAGUCAUGAGCAAUGGCUCCCCCUACCUGCCGGAGGACUGCUACGACAAUGAGUACGUGUCUCACACGGAUGGCUCAAUGAUCUCCCGGAGGGAGUGGUAUGUCUGAGAAGAACAAGCAGGAAGAGACUGCGUAGAUACUUAUGAAAUGCUUCAGGCUGCAAAAUGAAACAAGGAUGAACGGAGUUAUCUAAAGAAAAUUUGUAGGAAACGCACCUUUUCUAGUAGUUUACACCUACCAGUUUCUUUGUUUUUGUACAUUAGCUUAAUUGUUCGUUUGCUGUUCAUAGCUAUGUGGUUUAAAGGAUGGUUUGGGACCAAAAGUGGGUAUAAUUUUAAUCUUCAUUUGUUAGGUUAGGUCAUCUGCUGUGGUUCUCCUGUAGACCACUUUAUGGGUGAUUUUACAUGUUGGGUUUGUCUUGCCAAAUCAAUAGCCCGUUUUCUUUGCGCAGUGAGACAUGCUGUGCGAUUUUUAUAUAUCUAUAAAAAAAGAAAAGAAAAAUUGUAAAGUUGUACAAAAGAUAAGAGCCAUUAGAAGAAAUGACAUUUGUAUUCAGACAACCUAUCAAUAAGUGUUUUUGUGUGAGUUUUGAUGAGUCACAUCAACUUUCGGUGCUGUCAUUCUGAUGGAGGCAGAAAUUAGCUCCUGUCAACAGCCUGGCGGUUGCCAUGGCAACAUUUAUUUUUUCUCUCCUGGCAUUCAGAGUUGGAGUGCUGUAGGGAGGAGCGAGACGGGGAGGACCGUGCCUGAUUUGAUGAAGCCCAAUGGGGGAAAGCCAGACAGAAUGAUUGGCAAAAUGGGGCGGCUGUAAUUGUAUCAAUUCGGCUUGCAUUUGCAUACUGUGCCGCUGUAUUAGCUCUGCUUUUCUUUUGUUUGUGCCAUCAAAAACUGUUUUGCCACUGUGUGAAUCUCUCUGCAUUAGAUGAUGUUUGGACAGUGGCAUACAUCGGAAACUACUGCCAUUGUUCAACAUGAAAGCUUGUCCCGUAUUAAUGUAGCUGUCUGGCUUGACUUGUCAGACUAUCACUGCCCAGUGUUAACCUCCAACUGCAUUCAACAGCUGUCACAAAUCAAGUCCUGUGCCUGUCCUUUGCGUUUCUGUGUAUGUGCGUUUUUGUGUGUCCUUUAUAUAUAAAUCCAAUCAGCUGGUGUUAACUGACAGUGUUUUGAUGAAUCGGCUCAUUGCCUGUGCAAUAGUGUUCAGAUUUCUGGCCUCAGAUCUCACACAUUCUUACACAUAAUUUAACGCAGAAGACGAUAGCCUAACACACGUUAUUGCUCAUUACAUUUUCGUGUUGGCUGGAUUUAAUAAGCUAGCAGAUGCAUAUGGUUGAGUUCAGAGAUAUUGGAGAUGAUAUUGUAGUGCCUUAAACUGAAGACUUGCUCUGCAAGCAUUCCUGUGCAUGCAGAAGCUAUGAAGAAGCGACUAUCAUUUUCAAAAGAGGUAUGCAAGUCGUUUUGAAGCAUAAAAUGGUCAAGUCCUGAGAACAUAAUUUUGUACUGUCCCUUGUUUUUGUGUGCCAUUUUGUAUGAUUUGCUUUUUGCAGAUUUUCAGACAAUAACUAAUUGUUUUGCUCAUUAAAUGACGUGUGACGAUUGAGUCACGGUGCACCUCAAAGAGCUAUAAUGUAAAAUAUCUGUGUACAGGUUUAAACAAUGCAGAUAAAAACAAAGUUGUUAUGUAUAUAUGUUGGCAGAACCUUUGUUUAUUAGUUUGUUUAAAUCUGCAAUUUCGAUAGGAAGUCAGAGAUCCAUCAAUGGAAUGCACUAGAAUGUGAUGAAUCACACGUACACUUCUCCAGAUCAUCAUUUCCACUUGUUUUACAUAUGAGCUACUGUAACAAAACAAAAAAUAGCAAAGAUUAAAUGUAUUUGCAAUGUAUAGAUUUUGUAAAAAAAAAAAAAAAAUCCACCUUUGGGAUACAUUUGUUUUGAAAUAAAGCACCUUUUUUUCUGUGA